UUUAGGGUUUUAGAAAGAAGAAAAAAAAUGGUAUGGCUGAGAGCCAAAAUAGGUUUGAAAACGAGGCUCCGGCAGUUUUCAACUACGGUUCGCCGCCGUAUCGACGAUGAAGGAGAUUGGAUUUACUCUCAGGAAUGGUGGGGGGGAAGUAAAUCCAAUGGCCAAACCGUCUUCCGAUCCACUUCCGACAGAGGAAACGGUGUUGUUUCCGUCGUCGCCUACCCUGCUUCAAAACCAAGUAGAUUGUACUGGACAGAGACUGAGAAGUGGCUUGAUCAAAGGUAUGCAGAGUUGAAUCUAGGACACGAACGGUUUAAGAUUCUUGGUUAUCAAUGGCGAAAUUUACACUUUAACGACGAUACUAGACAAAGUACAGCCAAAAUAAUGGCUGCAUAUAGAGAAUCAGAUCCUGGCUCUGUUUUUAUUAUGCAGCAAGCAAAUUGUCUUCCUGUUCCAUAUGUGAAGAGUAUGGUAUCAGCUGGUAUGGCUGCGAUCGCAUCAGCUCGUGAUUAUGAUCUCAAGAGUGCUGUUCUUGGGACAAAAGUAAUGAACAUUUUGUGCAUUGGUCAUGGCGGUGGAAGUCUACCAUUAUUCUUGGCUAGUAAAAUUCAAGGUGCAAUUGUUCACAUAGUAGAAAUUGAUCCAAUAGUCAUCUCAGCCUCAAUCCGAGGAAUGGGUUUCCCUUCUUUUUCAGUGGUGUCUCCAUCUGGUGACCAUUUACAACCCAAACCAAAUCCAUUGGACGAACUGUUGUGGAAAGGCAUUCACGAGAGGCUGUUCCUAUUCGAAUCCGACGCUGAGAAAUUUGUUGUUGAAACCACAAACAUUUACGAUAUGGUAUUCAUAGAUGCCUACGAUGGUGAUGACAUUUUCCCAUCAAUGCUUUGGGACCCAAAUGCACCUUUCCUUCGUGCCUUAGAAAGGCAGCUUCACCCUGAACAUGGAACGGUUGUGGUGAACCUUCAUUCAGAUUUAGAAUUGGAUGUUGAUGAUGAUGGGUCGUUUCGAUCUGCUAUUCACCAGAUUCCAAAUGUGGGCAAGUAUGUGUUGGGUGUUGGCCAGGCUUAUAAGGAAGCGCUGAUGAGAAAUCAUCAUAGGGGUUCUGGUUUCGCAUUUAACGUCGCUGUGCCGUGGCUGUGUAAUUCAUCUCUGGUGGUGAGUAGAAAUUCUGGAAUGUUAGUAAACAAUAAUAGGGAUUCAGCUCUGGAUAUUCUUGCCUCCAAGUCUAUUGAAGUUGAUAACAUUUUAAACUUGCCUUUUUCAUGCUUACCAUAUAUAAAAGAAGGAUUUACUCUUCUUGAUUAGCUUU